UGUGGACCUGUUGUCUCUGACUUUGCAGCCACGGGCAGGACUGGCCGGAGGAAUGCAUUGCCAGACAUUCUAGGUUCCACGGCUGGUCCUGGAGCCGCCGACCUACCUGAUAAACUAGCCGAACUCACAGUAGGAGAUGAUGGUGAACAGGGUGGAGAGAGCUCAUCCUCGACCGACCCGCCCAAAGAAUCCACAGAGGGGACAAAGACAGAGGGUUCAUAAGUCGACAGCAAGUCCUGCAGUGAUCUGACCUCACGAUCUGCCUCUACUUUUGUCCCAUUGACCAAACAACUGUUACACUCUGUGCUAUGCAACAUCAAGACCACCGAGGAUUGGCAUUCAGACAUGGCCCAGCAGGAAAAACAGCUCAUUCCCACAACAGGAGUCCACCCGAAGUUGCGUUUUUUCCCCCUAAAUAGUAACGAUUGUUCAUUUCGUAUUGUACCUUUACGACUUCUUUCCAAAGACUCGCCAUCAUGAUUUUCCGAACAACCCAGCUGUUUUGUGUGUCUUAUGAAAUCAGAUGUGACCUGCU